AUGGUGAAUGGAUUUAGGGUGAAAGAUGCUUGUGGCCUUUCCGAUGUAUCACACAUUGAGUCAUUGCAAGAAAAGUCACAGUGCGCAUUAGAAGAAUAUUGUCGAACUCAAUAUCCAAAUCAACCAACCCGAUUCGGAAAAUUACUUCUUAGAUUACCUUCACUGCGAACAGUUUCUUCGCAGGUUAUCGAACAACUGUUCUUUGUUCGAUUAGUGGGGAAGACGCCAAUCGAGACGCUUAUUCGAGACAUGUUGUUAUCAGGAAGCAGCUUUUCGUGGCCGUAUCUACCAUCCAUGUGA